GGAUUCAGUUCGUGAUUGGUGGCCAACCGAAGAUGCAGUACAAUCAACAACCGGGGUAUCCACAUCAGAUGCCGCCACCGAGCUACGAGCAAGUGGUCCAUGUUCAGGCGCCAGUUCGGGUGGUUCACACAACAGCACCUCCGCCCGUGGUGAUCAUACAACAUCAAGCUGCAUUGCCCGUGGGUCCCGAUCCCAGCUUCAUCACGUGCCCACAUUGUCAUGUCCAGAAACUGACCCGCGUUGAGUAUUCGCCGAGUGUUAAAACACACGUUAUAGCCGCCAUUCUCUGCAUAGUCGGCCUCUGGUGUUGCGCCUGCCUGCCGUACUGCGCCACCAGCUGCAUGAAUGCAAAUCACUUCUGCGGCAAUUGCAACAAGUUCGUCGGCGUGUACAACAGCGAUUAGUAAUUCCAACAAAAUAAAUAUGUACAACCAAA